UUUAUAAACUCCUCUUUGUAGCCUAGCACCCUUCUGGGGUCCUUGUGCCCAACCCUGGCAUCAGGGUCAGGACGCUUUCUCCCACUGGAGAAGGGAGUGGGGAACACCUGUGGACCUGCCUUUAUUCUAGCCGUUUUUCCCUUCUGGCCUGUAGGGAUAGUAGCUGGCAACUCCUUCAAGGAGCAUAGUUGUGUGCCUGGCACAGUUCAGAGUCCCUGAUGGUUUGUGGUGAGAAGGAUCCCUGAUAGAUGUUUGUCUGGAGACUGGUAGGAUUCAUCCCACUUUCUGGAACUUCCUACUGCAGCUGCUUUCCUGCACUUUUCCAGACAUUCAUUCCUGUCCCAUCUGCAACUGUUAUUUGUAACAGUUAGGUAUAACUAGUAGUUAUCACUACACUUAUAACUACUAGUAGUUUUACCCUCUUAUACUGAGCGAAUAUAAUCAUUUUUGUCAGCCCAUGUAAGCAGUUUUUUGUGACAUCUGCUGGCUCUUUAGGAAUCCUUUUGCAAAGCUUUUAGAUAUCAAAAAUCCAAGAGUGAGAUCCAGGGGAAAAACUGUGAUAUGAUAACAGAAAAUGGAAUGGGUACAGAGGUGUGAGCAGAGAAGGAAACUAGAUGUAGCAGGGAGCAAAAGGAGGAAGUUAGGAGCUUAGAGUUUUGACAUGGCAGCUAAGCUGAAUGAAAUUAAGAGGACUUCUCCUUCUAGGUAGCUUGUCCUGUCAGUAUUCGUUGUUUAAUUUUGAACUUGAAAAAAAUCACAGAAUGGCAGCAGCAACUUCCCGAUAGCAAUUAAAAAAAUUGGAAGUAUGAGGGUGGAAAUAUCUUAAUAGAAAACUAUGGGAAGGAAUGGGUUGUGGCUUCUAAUGGAGUUGCUGUUGUGGACUAAACAUGACUUUUUUUCUUUUUUGAAAUAACUACACAGACUAGACCUGAUCCUUCUGUUAGUGAUGAUCUGGCAAGAAUGGGGCCUGGUCUGUGAAACAAAACAGAGGAACAGCAGUGUUUUAAUUCUUCCAGUACUUUUUUCUUUUAAUCCUCAGUUCCUGAUCUCAUAUGACUGCAGGAGGAUCUCAAAUUUCAUAUGGAUCUUCUGCAAUUUUCUGUCGCUGAAUGCCAUCAGAGGGGGGAAAAAAAAAACCUAAUCUACUUGAGUCUCUUGUAAUGUAUCCAGGGGCUGUUCCAGGAGGUGAAGGAAAUAAUGGACAUCAUGGAAAACUUAUUUUUUUCCUUUUUGUUUUUGGAGCUGUCCUGCUCUGUGCUGGAUUCCUGCUUUCAGUCUUUAUCCUACAGUCAUGCCCAUCUGGAACCUUCAGUGACUGCAAUGGGGUCCUUAAGGCUGCUGGGCCUCUGCUGGCUGUAACUGGACUAGUUUGUGUUUUAUUGGCACGAUCAAGGGCCAGGCUCUAUAUAAGACAGAGACAAUUGCAAAAUGAGCAGGUAUACAGCCUUGUUUUUUGUCAAGGGAGCUGUCAGUUUGCCCAGUUUCUUAUCUUUGGAUUCCUGUUUUUAACAAGUGGAAUGCUAAUUAGCAUCCUGGGCAUUUGGGUUCCUGGCUGCAGCCCCGGCUGGCAGGGUGCACAGCACAACCACACCAGCAGCUCUGAGGUGGACCUGAAGGGCUGUGGAUUCCUGUCUCUGCAGAUCAUGGGCCCUUUGAUUGUGCUCACUGGGUUAUGUUUCUUCGUGAUAGCUCAUGUUAAAAAGAAACAAAACUUAAAUCUCAGCGAAGAGUCUUGUGAAAACGAAGAACAUCCUCAGAGUCCAGAAUCUUUUCAAGUUACAGUAGGUGAUGCUGUAAUGGUAUUCCCACCUCCACCACCUCCUUAUUUUGCUGACCCUCUGUCACCAACUGUGACUCACUGUCUUAUGUCAAGUGGUUUGCCUGCAAGUGAAAACCCUCCACCAUACCACACUAUCUUCAGUGAUGGAUUACAACUUGCAGAUGAUGAAAGAACAGUUGCUAUUAGAGACUAUGAAACCGUAUAUACAAUUUCUGGCAGCAGUUCACCUUCAGAUAUUUUACCAGUGCUGUAUCUCUCCUCUGAAUCACCUCCAAAAUAUGAAGAAAAAGAGGCAUCAAUAACAAAUAAUGAAUAUUCUCCAUCCUCUUCAUCUUCAUCCAUUUCCUUAGCCACAUCUGACACCAGCUCCUAGAGAACUGUCAACUAGACUUCAUUUUUAAAUGAAAUUGUGCACUCAGAUUUAAGAUUUUUAAUGUUAUUUACAUUUUAUAAUAAAAGCAAUAAUGUUGGCUGUGUCUUAUUUUUCAUCAGAAAGCAUAUAUGAUGAAUUUGGGUUUUUAAGAAAUAUUAGAUAACGCUGGGCUUCUGAGCAAAUGGUUUGAAGAGAUUCAGAUCACUGCAAGAACGUUAAAUGUUCAUCUUGUUCUGUUACAGCUUUAGUUUCUAUUUUUAGUUGUUCUUUAUAUAAUGGAGGCAUUA